AUGUCCGGAAGAGGCAAAGGCGGAAAGGGUUUGGGCAAAGGAGGCGCCAAGCGUCACCGUAAAGUCCUGCGAGACAACAUUCAGGGUAUCACUAAACCUGCAAUUCGUCGCUUGGCUCGCCGCGGUGGCGUCAAGCGAAUCUCUGGCCUGAUUUACGAAGAGACUCGCGGAGUAUUGAAAGUCUUCCUGGAGAAUGUCAUUCGUGACGCUGUCACGUACACCGAACACGCCAAGCGGAAGACCGUUACUGCCAUGGAUGUCGUCUAUGCCUUAAAGAGGCAGGGACGCACUCUGUACGGCUUUGGAGGUUAAAUGUUUACUUCGUCUCCCGGUAAAG